GUCACAGUCUACACAAGUGUUGGAAAUUUAUGAAUAAAACCAUCUCUGAGCGAGUCAAGUUUGUUCAAGGGAUGAAGUGGUGCUUUGGCUGUCUGAAGCCUGGCCAUCGCUCAAAGGAGUGUGAAAAUAGAAGGAUCUGUGAUACUUGUGAGAAAGGACAUCCAACCUGCCUACACGAUAAUCGCAGCAAAGAAAGAGGAAUGUCAACAAGGACUGAUGGAGAAAUGGAGAGUGACAAGUCAAGAGAAGGAACGACAGAUCGUUCACAAGAGAGGGUGACAAAACCACCACGCGAGGUAACAUCUAACAGAGUUAUCCAGAAUGUUAAAGGCACCCAUACAUCCUCAGUCAUUCCUGUGUGGUUGUCCACUACAAGUAAGCCAAAUCAUGAAGUCCUUGUGUACGCUCUUCUCGAUACACAGAGUGACACGACCUUCAUCCUUGAAGAGACAGCAAAGGUGCUUCACACUAAAAAUGAACCAGUCCAGUUAAAGCUCUCCACAAUGGCUUCAAGAAAUACAGUGGUGCCUAGCAGAAGGCUGACUGAUCUACAAAUAAGAGGAUUCUACUCCGAUAAGAUAAUCUACCUGCCAGUAACUUACUCAAGAGAAUUCAUCCCUGCAAACAGAGAUCAUAUUCCCACACCAGAGACUGCCAAGGCAUGGUCUCAUCUUGAGCACAUUGCAGAUGAAAUUGCUCCUCUGCAGAGCUGUGACAUCGGCCUACUAAUUGGCUACAACUGUCCUCAAGCUCUUAUACCAAGACAAGUGGUUGCUGGAGAAGAAAAUGAGCCCUUUGCUCAGAGAACAGACUUGGGUUGGAGUGUAGUCGGCUAUGGCAACCCAUGUCUUGACUUUGGAGAUGCCUUUGGAAUAAGCCAUCAAGUCAUUGUGAAGCAAGUGACAUCAGUUCUUCCAAAUCUCCCAAACGAAGUGCACUAUGUCUGUAGAACACAGAUCAAAGAAGUAGUCCUUCCAACAGACGUCAUCAAGGUGUUGGAAUCUGAUUUUGUAGAAAGGGCUUCAGAAGAUGACCCAGCUGACCACGCCUCAAGGGGUGUCACAGCAGAACAACUCACAGCUUCUAACUGGUUCACAGGUCCAGACCUUCUUUGGCAAAAAGAGCUACCAACUGGAGUUGUCAUGGUGGGAGAGAUCGAGAGCAGUGACCCAGAGGUCAAGAAAGCUCAGGUUCAUGACACUCAGGCAGAAGAAGCAAAAACAAUUUUAGAUCGUCUACACAAGUUCUCAGACUGGGCAAGAAUGGUGAAGGCUGUUGCCAGACUCAAGCGCCGUGCUAAGGAAAUCAAAGGUCUCAAGCCAAAGUCCUGUGAGGCCUCGAACUUGGAGGAAAGGAAAGAGGCGGAGCUGACCAUAAUCAAGAUGGUCCAGGAAGCAACUCUCUCUCAAGAAAUUCAACGCCUUAGACAUCAUAAGGAGACAAAGGUCAAAGACAAAGCCAACCAGUUGCACAAACUAUGUCCGUUCCUGGAUGACCAAGGUGUAAUCAGAGUAGGAGGCCGCUUAGCUAAUGCUGCCCUACAUCCACAUGUGAGGCAUCCAGCAGUACUUCCUAGAGACAGUCAUGUUUCUGCAUUGCUCGUCAAGCACUAUCAUGAGAGAGUGUACCAAAGAUCGCAGAAAUGCAAAGGUCGGUGACAUUGUUCUGUUACAAGAUGCUGCCACACCACGAAACCAAUGGAAGCUAGCAAGAGUCAUCGAGGUCUAUCCUGGAAGUGAUGAAAGAGUGAGGAGACUCAAGUUACUCAUCAGUGACUCCUCCCUGGAUGGAAGAGGAAAGUGUACAGCCAAACCUGUUUACCUGGAGAGACCCAUUCAGAAAACAGUUACAUUGCUAGAAGCAGACUGAUGGUUCUAUCAUACACUCACACACAGUUUAUUAGUUGUUUAUUAGGACAGAGUUUCAUUUAAUUUAUUCAUGCAGUAGGUUUGUCUCCAAGUUUUAAGA